AUGUCUUGUGUAAAGCAUUUCUUUAAUGUUAUCAUUGGAAUUCCAUUAGUAUUGUUAAUGUUCGCUUGUCCUAUAUUAGAAAUCUUGAAACUCGACAUAUUCGGUAAAAUUGAUGAUGAAAAUAUAUUUUUGAAAAGUAAAAUACUUGAAUACUUUUAUUUGGGUAUUUCAUUUGCGAUACCAUCAAAAUUAAUAAUAACAGGUAUCGGUCAUCAUCUUAAAGACUUGGCUAAAAAAUUAUGUGAAGAAUUAUUCUGGGUAACGUUUUAUUGGAUCAUAAUUGCGAUUACCUACACACUUUAUACAUCAAACGAACUUGGCGAAAUUCCAUUUACAUGUCCACCAGAUUACGAUUAUCCAUCUUCCGACAUUAAAAAAGCUUGUCAAAUCCGUUCAACCAAUAUUAUUUGUAUGUGGUUAUUCGUAGUAUUCGCUAUACUUUGGGAAUUCUUAGAAUUUGUAGGUGUAGUAACUAAAGUUAAAGAUUUAGAGGAAGCAACUUUUGAACGAAAUCAUGAAAAUAAUAAUAGUGAAAGUCAACCUUUACUUAGGUAA